AUGGCACCCCAUCGAGUCGUGGCACCCGAGUGGUGGCACCACCCGAUCGAGUCGUGGCACCCUAUCGAGUCGUGGCACCCCAACGAGUCGUGGCACCCGAAGGAGGCACGUCCGGGCACCGACGAGGUCGGGCAGCAGCAGGACCAGCACCAGGACCAGCACCAGGUGGUGGUGGUGGUGGUGCGGCAGGAGAACGUAUCGCUGGAGGUGUGCGGACGGAAAGAGACAGCAGACGGAUGCGGACAAACAACCGAAAAGGUGGAGCUGGUGGAGGUGGCAGUGGCGGCGCUGUCGGUGGUAGUGGUGGCGCUGGUGCUUGCCAAUCCGGCAAAGUAUGGCGCCCUGGUUGUUCUCAUCUUUCAGAACUCGGCGUUGGUUCUACUGAUGCGAUCAUCGCGGACUGCGAGUGUGGCCAACGGCGAGCGGCGGUACCUGACGACGACCGCUGUAGUGUGCAUGGAGUUUCUCAAGCUUGUGGCAUCGCUGGCCAUUCUCUGGAUCCAGGAGGGCUCACUGGAGCGGGUCGGCAAGCUCUUGCACACGGAAAUCGUCAUCAACUACACGUCGACGCUGGUCAUGGCAAUUCCGUCGCUGCUGUACGUGCUGCAAAACAACUUGCUGUACAUAGCCGUUGCCAAUCUGGAGCCGGGCACGUACCAGGUGACGUAUCAACUCAAGAUCCUAACGACGGUCAUCUUCUCGGUCGCCAUGUUUGGCACGCGCAUCUCGAUGAUCAAGGCGGCGUCGCUAGCGUUGCUGAUAGUGGGUGUGGCUCUUGUGCAGACUGCAGCGCUGCCCGCAGCGCCCGAAGCAACGCCGGCGCCUGAUGCGCCGACGACGGCACCGCAGGCGCGACUCCUCGGCUUGUUCACUGUCAUCUGCGCGUGCUUCACCUCGGGCUUUGCUGGCGUCUACUUUGAGAAGAUCCUCAAGGGCCGCGGCAAGCAGACGACCGCGCCGUGGUCGAUCUGGAUCAAGAACAUCCAGUUUGCCAUGUUUGGUAUUGUGCUCGGCCUCGCGGCGGUGGUCACCCGCGACGGCGACCUUGUGGCCCAGCACGGGUUCUUCCAGGGCUACAACUCAACGGUGGCGGCGGUUAUUUUCUUCCAGGGUCUUGGCGGCCUCACUGUGGCACUUGUUGUGAAGUACGCCGACUCGAUUGUCAAGGGCUACGCGGCGUCGGUCUCCAUUGUGGUCUCGUCGUCGCUCUCGAUCUGGCUCUUUGGCAAUGUGCCAUCGGGCCAGUUUGUGCUGGGCGCGGCCUUUGUCAUUGCCGCUGUGUAUUUGUACUCGCUGCCAGCCGCCGACGAGCGGCCGAGCUCACCGCCGGCGCCGCGCUCGCCGCCGCGCAACCUCGAGGUGUAG